AUGUCUGUGUGUCCCUCUGUGUGUGUGUGUGUUUUGCUUUUUUUUUGGUGUGGGUGUGUGUCUGUGUUUGUGGGUGCAGUGUCUUUGACAGCUACUGAUGUACGAUAUCUUCCAGCUUCCCCAGCCAAGAUUCAGGAGUUCAGCAAGUUUGGUGCUAUUAAAUCUGGUGGUAAAGUCAAAUGCCAGGAUAACGUCUUUGUCCAACUGAUCUGCACAAUUCAAUACCGCGUUGUCAAGGAAAAUGCAGAUGAUGCAUUCUAUGAGUUGCAGAAUCCCCAACAGCAAAUUCAGGCCUACGUCUUUGAUGAUUAUGGUUACAACAUUGAGCACAUUCUCAUGGUUGAUAUCAUCCCUGACGCUGCUGUUCUCAAAGCGAUGAACGAUAUAAAUGCAGACAUGCUAUCCUACCAAUCUGACAAUGACCAUUCCAGAUUACCAUCUCCUACAUCGAUGAAGCCCACCAUACGAGGAGAGGUAGGUGUAGCUUGCAGAUUACGGGUUCAUGUGUACAUGCUUGAAAUGCCAAGAAGACAGAUUGGUCUGAAAGGGGAUCUCUGUUUGAAUUAUGCGGCAUUUGUUGAAAUCUAA